ACCAAGGACGGUGUCACCCACAAUCUCACAGAUUCUUCCUAUGGAAAGCAAUCACGACAGCCCCGCCGCGCUGUCCACCGACUUCUCCGGCCACUCCCACGGCGUCACCAGCUCCACAUUCGCACGGGCCAAGAGAUCCUUCCUCAGGGAAUUGCCUGAACCUGACCUUUUCGUCGUCACCUCUGGCGGCCGGCGCAUCCCUGCCCAUACCGGAAUUCUGGCAUCGGUGUCGCCGGUACUGGAGAACCUCAUAUACAGACCCACUAAGCGCCGGAGCUCCCACAAGAUCGUUCUGAUUCUCGGCGUUCCCUGCGACGCCGUCUCCGCUUUCAUCGAGUUCGUCUACUCCUCCAGGUGCACGGAGGAGGAGAUGGAGAAGUACGACGUGCAUCUGCUGGCGCUGGCCCACGUGUACUCGGUUCCCCAGCUGAAGCAGAGAUGCGUCAAGAGCUUGUAUCGACGGCUGACCAUCGACAACGCGGUGGACGUCCUCCAGCUUUCGAGGCUCUGCAACUCACCGGAGCUCUACCUGCGGUGCAUGAAGCUCGUGUGCCGCCACUUCAAGGCCGUCGAGCAAACCGAAGGCUGGAGGUUCCUGCAGCACCACGACCCUUGGCUCGAGCUCGACGUCCUUCAGUUCAUCGACGAAUCGGACUCGAGGACGAAGAGAAGGAAGAGGCAGAGAGAAGAGCAGGAGCUGUAUCUGCAGCUGAGCGAGGCGAUGGACUGUCUGGAGCACAUCUGCAAGGAAGGCUGCACGAGCGUGGGCCCGCACGACGUGGGCCCGGCCAAGGUGAAGAAGGAGCCGUGCGGCAAGUUCGCCACGUGCCGGGGGCUGCAGACGCUGAUCCGGCACUUCGCCGCGUGCGGGAAGAGGGUGGGCGGCGGGUGCCACGGGUGCAAGAGCAUGUGGCGGCUCCUGCGGCUGCACUCCGCCGUCUGCGACCACCCCGGCUCCUGCAAGGUCCCGCUCUGCAGGCAGCUCAAGUUGAGAUCGCAGCAAGAGAGGAGGAAGGACGAGGCUCGGUGGAAGCUCCUGGCGAGGAAGGUGGCGGCGGCCAAGGCCAUGUCGACUCUGUUGCAGGCCAUGAUGAGGAGGCGGCCGCGGCCUGAGGAAGUCGAGGAGACGUUCAAACCCGGUCGCGCUCCACGAGCGACAAGCUUCAAGCUCGCCAAGUAGUUUUGGAAACGGUGGCAGCAGAUUUGAUUUGUUAUUUGGUGCUCGGGUCGAGAUUUUGCUGUAAAUACCAAAUGGUAGGGGAUUAGGGGGAAGCUGGUGGUGUGCGUGUGCGGUUCUGUUCUGGUUUUAGGAAUCGGAUCUUGGUUAUUUACGGGUA